AUGGAGAUUGGCGGUUUUUUUACUACUCCAGAACCCGGGUAUUUCGGAUCGGAACAGGCAAGCCGCGUCCGCGAGGAGCCCAAUCCAAAUCUGAAUGGGCUCGCCACACACACGCCCAGCCCAGCCCAGCCCACCCGGCCCACCAACACGAUGAAAAGUGGACUAUCCGCAGCCCAGCAUCAACAUCGCCCAGAAACUCAGGGUUUCCUUCCUUCCUUGGACCUCCACGCCGCCGCCUCCUCCUCCUACCUUGUCCAGACGAACCACCGCAGCGUUGUUGCCGGGAGUGCCUUCGGAGAACCACAGCUCUGCCCCCCGCGCCGCGCCUCCGGUGGCCGCUUCUUCCUCGACCCCGGCAUAGGUAAAUCCACUCGCUCGGGCCCUCUCCCCCUGCGUUCUCUUGUGCUCCGUGUGCCCCACGCCCGUCCAGCCGUGGCAACAGUUCGGCAUGGCCUGCGUUCUGCGACAGUACAAGUUUCGCACUGCACACUGAUUAGUUCAGCAGAGCAUGCGUACCGGCAUCUGAUGCAGAACGUGGUGUCGCUGCUGCCGCACGCCAAGAAGGACAGCAAGGUUGAGUCCAAGCAGAGCAAGGGCAGCGCGCUCAACGAGCUGGUCGAGCUCAGGAGCUGCUCCAGCUGCCUCUUUUUCGAGUGCAGAAAACAGAAAGAUCUUUACCUUUGGAUGGUCAAGUCCCCUGCAGGGCCAUCAGUGAAAUUUCUAGUCAAUGCUGUUCACACCAUGGAGGAACUGAGGCUCACCGGCAACCAUCUGAAAGGGUCACGUCCUCUGCUAACAUUUUCUUCAAAUUUUGACCAGCAACCUCAUUGGAAGCUCUUGAAGGAAAUGAUAACACAAAUUUUUGCUACUCCAAAAGAUCAUAGGAAGGCAAAACCUUUUCAUGAUCAUGUUUUUGUGUUCUCCAUUGUGGAUGACCACAUUUGGUUCAGAAAUUACCAGAUAUCUGUACCCCACAAUGAGAUUGACAAAGUUGAUAAAGGAGGCCUAGAUAAAAUGACACUUGUUGAGGUUGGCCCCAGGUUCUGUUUGAAUCCAAUAAAAAUAUUUGGUGGUAGUUUUGGUGGCCCCACAUUGUUCGAGAACCCAUUCUAUGUGUCUCCCAAUCAGAUUAGUGCUAUCGUCUGGUUGGUAUCUUUUUGUGGUUCUGGGGAAAAAGAUUUACAGCUCACCAGGGUAUGCAUAUUCAUGUAUGCUUUGACAUGUACUGAUCCACACCCGGGGGUUAAUAACGGUUUCAUUGAUUUGGAGCACCAGAUCCGCGCACUGGAGAAACGGAAGAAGGCAGGCAAGUACGCCAAGAAGGUGAAGGCCAAGGUGAGGAGGAAGAUGCACGAGAUGGAGAACACCCUCGAGCCCGACGAGUUUGCUGAUCUUUGGAAAGGGGAAGACUAG